CAUAACAACUCCUAGGCCAAAUUCUCCUAUCUCUAAUGGGUUCUUACCCGAUUCCAUUAGUCUAAAACAUGGUUCAUCAUCACCAUCAUCAUCAUCAUGACCCAACUCGCUCAUAAUUCUCUCAAGAACACCAUUUCUUUCUAGAUUUCAUCCAAAUGACGGAACCCGAUGAAGAUGCCAGCCAGGUUUACAUAUGGACCAUAGCUUGCAUCUUGUUCGUCUGUGUCGUCGUCGGCGGUGGAUGCUUUUUGGCUUACGUCACCGUCGACGAAUACCAAUCGUCGAGCUUACUCCUCGUGCUCGGAUUCGCAUUCGUUUGCACGCCAUGGAUAUUCUGGAUCCUGACGGUAAUGUACCGGUUGUUGUCGAGGGCGUUCGGGUUCAGGAUGGUGUUGUGCGGCUUGUACGUUAACAACACCGCCAAAGUCUCCGGCGAUGAUGGUGGUGGCGAUGAAUGUAAAGGAGGUGAUGAUGUCAUUGUUGAUGUAGACGAGAAAUCUAAUGAGAAUGAUGGCAAAACUAAAGAUGUAUAUGAUGCUUCACCAGAUAGUGAGAAGGCCCUGGCUUCAUCAAUGGCGUCGUGAUUGAAAAUUUUUGGUGAACCAUUUGGAAACUUUAAUUAAUUUUCAACAAGGUUGGACCUCAAAGACAUUGAUGAUAAACUUUUCUCAUGGGAAGGUUUCUUCCCCCUCUUUGUUCCAAGAUUGUAGAUAAUUAU